AGCAGAUGGAAACAAUAUACAGCUCAGUGAAUCUGCCCAUAAAUUCAAUGAGAAAUCAGGUGGAAAACUUUUAGAACACAUUAAAUUGUCAGUCUCCUACUAAGUCCUCGCUUUUAAAAAUCCUACUGUCACCCAAUAAAAUGGCUUCAUGUCGUGAUGGACGUAGCAGUGCUGCAUCAUCACAUAGCUCUGCAAUCAUUAACAAAGGGUCCAUCCGUACACCCAAAAAACGUCCUCGUGCCACCCUGGGAAUGGAAGACAAACUUCAUGAAUAUCAGUGUCCUGUGUGUUUAGACUUGAUCAAUGAAGCUUACAUAAGCAAAUGUGGCCAUUCAUUCUGUUACACAUGCAUUAUACAGUCCAUAGACAUCAAUAAAUGCUGUCCCAAGUGCAAGAGUAAUUUGAUCAAGGAUGAAGUAUUUCCAAAUUUUGCUUUGAAUGAUCUAAUUAAAAAGUAUAAACUUAGAGAAAACUGUUUAGAAAGUUUGGGUACAAACAAUUCUGCAGAUUACUCAAAUGAUCGUUUAAGAGAGUUUUUUGCCAGUGAAUCAGCUAACUUGACGUUACCAGAUGUUAAUGUGAUGCUCGAUGUAUUGACGCAGCGAAAGCAAUUGUUGGAAGCGGAAUCAUGUGCGGCCCAAAAUAAGUUGUUGUUGGAGUUUCUAAGGCACUUACUUCAUCAGAAACUUGAACAAAAAACUCAAAUUCUAAAGGAAAUAUCAAUAAUUGAGCAUGAUGUUGAUGAAGUUGAGAAGAAGUUGCAGGAAGUUCAUAGUAAAUGUCCGACGUUGGAGGAUGUGGAAAGAGCCGUUGGUUCAGCUCCUGAUACAGUAACUGUGGCGAUGAAACAGGAAAUGAUUGAUCUAAUUGAUAACAUUGGUUCGACUAUGGCCGAUACAGGUGGGAGAAAAUCUGAUGGAGACAUUAGUUCUAAACAAGGUUUGUCGUCAUUAGCCACGAGAAGACGAAGGAUGCACGAUCACUUCGAUGAUUUUGUUCAAUGUUAUUUUCAAUCGCGUUCAAAAGAUAUUUACUUCGGAAAAGACACUGAUAAAACUGCCAAACCAGCAGCUGAUUCUACAUCAAGUUUGAGCGAGUUCCGCGAGGAUUUGGUAAAAUUUUCUAGAUUUAGUUCUUUACGCUCUAUAGCAACUUUAAGUUACUCUAGCGAUUUAUUUAAUAAUUCUACAAUAGUUUCUAGCAUUGAAUUUGAUAAAGAUAAUGAAUUUUUUGCAAUUGCCGGUGUUACUAAGAGGAUUAAGGUAUACGAGUAUGGGGUCGUAGUCACAGACAGUGUUAACAUCCAUUAUCCUCGCAUAGAAAUGAUUUCCAAUUCAAAAAUAUCGUGCGUUUCUUGGAAUAGCUACCACAAAGGUACACUUGCUUCGAGUGAUUAUGAAGGUACCGUAGCCAUUUGGGAUGCUUCGACUGGCCAGAGGACCAAAACUUUCCAAGAGCAUGAGAAACGUUGCUGGAGUGUUGAUUUUAGCAACAUCGAUACAAGGAUUAUUGCAUCAGGAUCAGAUGACGCCAAAGUAAAGUUGUACGAUUUGAAUAGUGAUCACUCAGUUGCAACAUUGGAAGCAAGAGCUAAUAUUUGUUGUGUUAAAUUUAAUCCCAAAAGCCAAUACCAUUUGGCGUUCGGGAGUGCCGACCAUUGCGUUCAUUAUUAUGAUUUAAGACAGAUGAAAGAAGCGCUGACGUUGUUCAAAGGCCACAAGAAAGCUGUGAGUUAUGUAAAGUUCUUCAACAAUGAGGAAAUUGUUUCCGCGUCCACCGAUUCACAAUUGAAAAUGUGGAAAGUAAAUACUCCAUAUUGUUUGAGGUCAUUUGUGGGUCAUGUGAAUGAGAAGAACUUUGUUGGACUUGCGACUGAUGGGGAUUACGUUGCAUGCGGAUCUGAGAACAACUCGCUGUAUGUCUACUAUAAGGGUUUGAGCAAGAAGCUAUUUAGUUAUAAAUUCGAAGCAGCUAGAGGUGUUUUGGAGCAUGAACGCAGGGAAGAUGAAUUGAAUGAAUUCGUUUCUGCCGUUUGUUGGAAGCAGAAUUCUAAUAUAAUCUUAGCAGCUAAUAGUCAGGGAACCAUCAAUGUUUUAGAACUGAUUUAAUUAGACCGUUAAUUAUAUGUUUAGGACAAUCAGAAUUUCGCGUUUCUUUUUUUAAACUAAGGCUUUCUAUCGAUCGGUAAUUACUCGUUGAAAGAUUAGAUUCAUACGCACAAACAUUUUAAAAAUGAAAGUAGGAAAAUAUUGCAAAUAAUUGUGUCCAGUUUACUAACAUUUUAUCCCAAUCUUAAUAGGUAUCGAUGGAUUUCUGCUCAUCUAGCGAUAAUUAUCAUAGCAAUAUAUGUGCCAAUCCUAAGUGUCUAAAAGUACUAUAAAGCACAACAUAGUGUUCUCCUUACUUAUUUCAUUUUUAUUCA